AUGGAAGAAACUAUAAAUAUUCUCAGUGAAAAUCAUGAACAAUUAGAGGAAAAAAGAAAUAAAGAGCGAGAAACAAAACUCCAUGAUCUUUUGAAUACUAAAGCAGAAAUUAUUCGUUCCGGUGAUACAAAUGAUAGACAGAGAAAAAUUACUUCUCUGCAAAACGAGUUAUCAGAGAUUGCUAAUGAUCAUGGACAUAAAGAAUUUGAAGAGGAACUAACUAAUCUUUGUCAAGUUCAAAUUGAACUAACCAAGUCGCAAGUAGAGUUGGAAAAUUCUCGAAAACAGCAAUCUCAAAUCCAAAUCCCACCUAAAGGCAAUCAUUAA